GGUUUAUCAUCGCACACUAAAAUGAGACCAGCCUUUCCAUCUAACGAUGGACGGUCUCUCGGGGACUCCGGAGAAAGAAAGAGGCCAUGACUCUUCCUUUUGAUCGCAUCGGUUAUUCUCCCCUUUUUGAUUCAUUCUUCUCUUGACUCAUUAACCACGCUCUCCCUCAGCGCUAUCUCUCAAGAGCUUGACUAUACCACUUUGAUCCUCACCAAUACUCACACUCACACCUGCACUCGCACUUGCAUUCGGCUGUUGGAACCCCGCAGGAAAGGAAGGAAAAAAUGAGGCGAACAAAGGUUUUUGCGGGAAGUUCUCAUCCAGAACUCGCUGGUCUGGUUACUGCUCGACUGGGAGUUGAACCAGCAAAGUCCACCCUUUCGCAGUUCAAGAACAGGGAAACCUCAGUUGAGAUUGGUGUGUCGGUCCGCAACGAGGAUGUGUUUAUUAUCCAGUCUGGAUCGCCAAAGAUCAAUGACUCCCUUAUGGAGCUGCUGAUCAUGAUUAAUGCCUGCAAGGGUUCUUCCGCUCAACGCAUCACGGCUGUUAUCCCUUACUUUCCCUACUCGAAACAGAGCAAGAAGAAGAAGCAUCGUGGUGCCAUCGCAGCCAAAUUGGUUGCAAAUAUUCUCUCAAUUUCAGGAGUGGACCAUAUCAUCACAAUGGAUCUACAUGCUUCCCAAAUGCAGGGGUUCUUCAACCGUCCGGUCGAUAAUCUCUAUGCGGAGCCGACAAUUGCACAAUGGAUUCAGGAUAAUGUGGAUGAUUGGGAGAACGGCGUUGUCGUCAGCAAAAAUGCCGGGGGUGCCAAAAGGGUGACUUCGCUUGCAGAUCGAUUGAAUAUCGACUUUGCGUUGAUCCACAAGGACAGGAACAGACAGGGACAUGCUGCCGUUGCGGACGAGACCUCGCAGAUGACGCUUGUUGGUGAUGUCCAGGACAAAGUGUGCUUCAUAGUGGAUGAUAUGAUUGAUGGGUGCCACUCGUUCUUGGAGGCAGCGGAUAUGCUGGUGGGACAUGGCGCGAAGCAGGUGUACAUCAUUGCGACCCAUGGGAUUCUCAGUGGCAACUCGCUACGACAGAUCGAGGAGUGUGCGAAUGUGCACCGGGUCGUGGUCACCAAUACUUAUCCAAUCCCGCAGGAGAAACGUGCACUCAGCUCCAAGUUAAAGAUACUCGACAUCAGCGCGACGCUCGCAGAGGCCAUCCGCCGCACUCACAAUGGCGAGUCCAUCUCGUAUCUCUUUACUCAGGUUCCCAAAAACCUGUAA